CUACCAAGCCGUUACUGUAAAACAGUAGACAGUCAAUUUUUUCUGGUCAGUAAGCUUUGCUUGAAUCAAGAUGGCAACCAGUGAUGAUGAGCCUAUGGCACUUUAUGAAGUUUUUCAGAAUUGUUUUAACAAGAUAGCCAAUAAACAACCAGAGAAACCUGGGUUCACGUCGCCGUACUCCAACAGCGACAAUGGAAUGCCAUACGGGAACAGUUACGCGGGACCGGGCGCCGAGCCCUUUGGACCGGACUCACCUUAUUUUCCCUUCGGUAACUCACCUAGAAGACCUCCGCCACCAGGAUCGACGGUGAAGCGGAAGAGAGAGAGCCUCGAUCCAGCAGACACGGCGGACAUCGUGGCUCCAGAGCACUGGGUGAGUGAGCACGCGGACAGCAGUGCUCCCGCCCCACCGGCCCCGGGCGCCCAGGGCCAGGACAGCAAGGUGAGUUAUCGCGAGGCAGAUGAGUCCGGAGUGGCGCGACCGUAUGGGUCUGACGAGUUCGGGCAGGACUCCCCCCGGUACACGUCCCCUAAGACUGGAGGAAUGUACGCCUCAGACACCUACUAUAUGGAUGGCACUGGGGCAGGGUCAGGAGACCCGUGGUCCAGCAGUGGUCAGCUCCCUCAAGGUGGCUAUUCCUAUGGUUCACCCUCCCUGCUACCUGGGGGCCCACCUCCCCACCUCAGCCAGACCGGCUACCCACCCCCCAUGCACCUCUCACAUGACCCAAUGAGUUACGGUGCCAUGUCCCCCGGCGUGCCUCCGCCGCCCAGCCAAGCCGCCUCCGAGCCGCCGUCGGCGCUGGGUCCGGACGGCGUCACCGCCAUGACUGUUCCUGUGCCCAACAGCAGCCUGCCGCCCAUGUCAAGUUUCCGGGGCACGGGCGGCGCCGUGCCCUCCACGGGGCCGGCGGGGGCGGGCUCGGGGCCCGGCGCGCCCGGCAACCUAACCCCCGUCACCUCGGCCGUCAUCCCGACGUCGAGCCCCGCCAACCCCUCCCUCUUCACCAGCCACCACUCGCCCAGCGGCGUGGUGCCCACGCCCGGGGACACCUUAGGAAAAGCGUUAGCCUCGAUCUAUCCGUCGGAGCACAGUGUGGCCAGCAGUUACAGUUCAAACCCAUCUACACCCGUCAGCUCCCCUCCCCCUUUAGGGGGUGGUGGCGGGAGCGGGGCGGGGGGGCCCUCAGGGCCGUGGCCGUCCGGGGCUGGAGCCGGCGGCCCCCCCAGCGGGGCUAACCCCUCAUCCCCACACUUUUCCUCAGCACCCCACCAUCAUUCUAACUUACAUAUGAGCGCGCCCCUUGAAGAAAGAUUGGAUGCAGCGAUUGGGUUCCUUCGGGAUCAUAGUGAAGGAACUCGCAUGGAAGAACGAUUGGAUGAUGCCAUAAAUGUUUUGAGGAACCAUGCUGAGAGCCAGCAGCUCCUGGGCCAUGGUCUUCCUUUACCACCACAUCAUGGGCAUCAUACACAUUCCACCAAUGGUCUCCUUCAACCCCCAAAUUACCAUCACGACCCUUCCUUAGAACCCCACCUGGCCAAUGCACAUCCAGUGACCCCUGGCAGUACUGUGCCUUUACCCCAAGGAUCAUACCCUGGGCUAUCGUCAACUCCAGAUGAGGCCCCAGUAAAGUUAGAGCGAGGCAGAAAACGAAAAGACCCACCAGACAGCACAGACACUAAACCAAGUAGCAGCGACCUUCUCGGAAGCCUUGUUAAUUCAACUUCAAGCAAUAAAGCAGGAUCAAAGAGAUCACGAAGUUGUUCAAGUGCGGAUGAUGACAAUGAAGAUCCUGCAACUAAAGCGCACAGGGAGAAAGAAAGACGUCAAGCCAACAAUGUCAGAGAAAGCGAGGACGAUAUUGAUGACCCGGUUCUUAAGGCUCAUCGAGAGAAGGAACGAAGGCAAGCCAACAAUGCCCGAGAGAGGAUACGUAUCCGAGACAUCAAUGAAGCCCUAAAGGAAUUAGGACGAAUGUGUAUGUCUCACUUGAAGACGGACAAACCUCAGACGAAGUUGGGCAUAUUAAAUAUGGCUGUAGAAGUGAUAAUGUCGCUUGAGCAGCAAGUUCGGGAACGAAAUUUAAAUCCCAAAGCUGCCUGCCUAAAGAGACGGGAGGAAGAGAAGGCCGAAGAUAAUACACCAAAGCUGGGGGGAGGGCACCAUCUAGGACACGGACCUGGGCCCCAUAUGGUUCAGCCACCUUACCACACCAUGCCACCGUUGCAGGGUCCCCCAUCAACCUUGCAACACAAUCCGCCUGGGCCCCAGUAGCACAUAAAGACAAGAUAGAACCUCUGUUCUUCAAUCAAGCCAUACCAAAAGCACACUGCGUGGAGUUAUUUUUGUUGUCUUUUUCUAUGAAAGAAAAAAGAAGAUCAUGUCGAGUGAUGUUUCUGCCUAGUACAACUUAAAUUAGAACCUGUGGACAAAGUGUAAUGACAUUUUAUGAAAUGUUCACCUGUGACAAAAGUGAAUGGGAAAAUGUUAUGUAUCUAGUGGAGAAGUGUUGAUUUUCUGUCUGUCUGGCAUCACAGCACCGUUUUGCCAAGGUGCAUGUACUGUGAAAGUUGUCUGUUGCCCUGUAAAUAAACAUACUCACCAUGAUGUCAAAUGUCAUUAAAUUUUCAUUGUGUUGGCUUUGUUCCAGAAGCUGAUUUAAUGAUGAGAUUGUGUAUAUUGUUCGUGCAAUUACAGGUCCUACACUUAGUUAUACAUAGUACUUGUUACUGACCAUUUGGCAUCACCAGUACCUGUAAACGAUGCAAGCACUUCACCCAUUGUGAUAAAGAGUCAUGACCUACAUGCAUUUUAGUCAUUGGCUUCCAAGCUCUAAAUUUUGUUAUCAAUUCUUUUGUGUUUGUGGGUUACUCAAGGUGGUGCUUGAUCAUCUCAUAGCUAUCAUCUUUGUUUUGUGAUUGGCUCUCUUCCUAACUUACUUUGUCUCGCGUCAACUUAACACUUGUGAAAAAUGUGUUUGUACCUGUGAGAGACUAUUUCUAGAAGCCAUAUCAGUGGCUUCUCUGUUUUGUAUCCUUUUAAACAAAAAUAAAAUUCAACCAUUGACCUAGAUUUGUCAUCAUGAAUUUAAGUACAAUAAGCAUCAAGAGCAAGUGUUGGGCUGUGCCUGUGAUUGUACGGAAUUUAGAUAAGAUGAAAGACACGGUUGCCUCAUUGCUUCUCUUUAUCUUGCCCAGGGUAAUGGUUUCAUGUGUUUGCUCCUUUUGCCAGAAUUUGGCUGUAACUUUAUAGAUGUAUUAUAACUGAUCAUGCAUAGGAAAAUUUUAUUACUGUUUUAUUUUUUUCUUUCAAACCUGUGUUGUUGUGCAUCCCUAGCAUGUUUAGUCCAAAGUAAGAUUCAUAUUCUUGCAAGCAAUGAUAAGGAUCUUAUCAUUGGUUUGUUUCUCAACUGAACUUGUAUUUAGACAUGCCUUUUCAUAACAAUUCUUUGCUCUGUAGAAAGCACAGGAACAAGGACUUAUGACAAGUCAUUUUCACUUCCUUGUGCUUUGUUACUGACCAAAGAAUUGAUCAAUUCAAUUCUUGACUAAAUGAGAAAUUAAACCAAAGGAACACUGCACAGAAAAAUUUCCUGUUCUAUUAUGAAUAGAACUGGUAAAAAAUCAUCGUAAAAGUGUUCUGCUUGAUUUUUAUGACUGUAUAGUGCUUCUGAGGGUUGUUUCUCAGGCAAAAGAAUGCAUUCAUUCUACAGUAAGGAAACCAAAGCUUAUUGCAUGUUGUGGCAGUUUCUCUAUGCCUUGUCAUGAAGCUGUUGUUCAAUUGGUUUCUCUCAUUUUAAUUUUAUUUAAUUUAUCUUAUGAUGCUGUUCCUAUUGAACUGGACUUCUUAAUGAUGCCUGUUAAAUGACUGUUACAAUUGUUUGCUGAUGUAGCUUUUAAGUUCUUUACUUUUCUUGUCUUUUCAAACUAGAUAGGCAUUGUUUCUGUUUGCAUUUAUAUCUGUGUAAGUUUAUGUGUCAUCUUUUUUAUUUUUUUUUUUUUAUUUUUUUUAAGUUAGCUGCAAUUCCAUGCUUUUGACUUUUGGAGAAUUUUAAAUUUCAGUCAGUAUUUUUUUAAAGCAGAGUGUUGGUUUUCAAUUUUGCUUCUCUUUUUCCUAUGAAUGAAAUCAAACUUGCAGCACAGAUGUGAAACAAAAGCUGUUUUCCUGCAUGACUGGGGCUUAGACAUGAUUGAGCUCUUGGGGCCAGUCUCUGUAUUAAAAGCUUUUAAAAGUACCUAAACGUACUUGUUCCUCAUUAUUAUUAUUAUUAUCAUUAUUAUUAUUGUAAGAGCAUAAUCUUCCAAAAUAUUGCCUUAAAGAGGCCAAAUUAUUUGUUAGUAAUUUAUUUGAGGGCAGUGCUAAACCUACCAUGACUAUUAUGGAAGUUUUCAGCUCCAGGAUCAUGUCUCCUCCCAUUUUGAUCCUAGUUUUAUCAUAAUGACAGGUAUUAUUUUCUCUGAUGCGGAGUAAAUGCAUAUAUGUUACAUUUUGUGUGUUGAAAACCAUGUCAACUGAGGCAAGGGUGUCUUUAAUUUCAUUUCUAAAGAGAUUGUAAGGGCAGUCAGUCUUAAAACAUGCAAGCAGCAUUUUUUUAUUUAGAAAGUGUACAUUGUAAAUUUGAAUAUUGGAGAAAGAAACGUCCACAUUGUGAAUACGAAAUAUGUGAUUGAUUUAAUGUACAAUGUUUGUUAAUAAGGUUUGAUUUGUCAGUAGGGAGGAUUAAACCAAACCUUUGGAGCAAGCAUGAAAUGAUUUGAAUGUACUAUGUAAAAAGUAAUAGCAUUACAUAUAGUAAAAUAAUGAUAAUACUGUAUUUUUCAUGAUGUAUGAGUGUGUUGUUAAACUUAUAAUUACACAAUUAGUGCUCUUACCCAAAUCCAGAUUGAGAGAGUGAAUGAGAGUUAGAGAGAUUGUCGUUUAGUUUUUUAUUAUUAUUUUCCUUUUCUUAGAAAAUCAAAUACUGUGUUCAUUAGGUUGGAAGUACUGUUCUGUUGCGGUUUAAAACUUACUAAAUGAUGAUGUUAAAGCGUUUAUUAUGUACUGCACUAAAUUAUGUAAUUUUUUUACAGAAAGGAAUAUGUGCAUACAAUUGUAAAUCAACUAAUGCAAUUCUUUAUGGAUGUGAAAUUUUCAAAGCAAGUUUUAUGUAAAACCAUCGAAGCUUCUAAGGGGAUCAAACUAAUGCAGCAAACAGUUUGGCUUUUGUUUUCAUUUCUAAAAAAAAAAUAAAAACACAGCCUUAAAGAAAUUGUCAUAUUCUUCCGUUAUAGUGAGAGAACUGUUUUAAGUGCAAAUGUUUUUUUAUUCUUUUCUUUUCUGAAAAUAUAUGUGCCAUUUUUCCAUA